CCCGCCAGCCGCCGCUGCUGCCUUGAUGGGCUCCGCGGCCCGAGCGCCUCUUUUCGGGAUUAAAAGCGCCGCCAGCUCCCGCCGCCGCCGCCGCCGCCAGCAGCACCGCUGCAGCCGCCGCCGCCGGAGGAGCAACCGCGUCCGAUCCGUACUGGGUGCAAUGAAAGCUCCACGCUGGCCUUACCAUGGAAGGCUGUGACUCGCCCGUCGUCUCGGGGAAGGACAAUGGGUGCGGGAUCCCUCAGCACCGGCAAUGGACUGAACUCAACAGCACCCACCUCCCCGACAAACCCAGUAGCAUGGAGCAGCCCACAGGCGAGAGCCAUGGGCCCUUGGACAGCCUAAGGGCCCCCUUCAGUGAGCGCCUGGCGGACAGCAGCACCUCGGCCGGGCCGCCAGCCGAGCCCGCCAGCAAGGAGGUCAGCUGCAACGAGUGCUCAGCCUCCUUUGCCAGCCUCCAGACCUACAUGGAGCACCACUGCCCUGGCACACGCCCCCCACCGCCCCUGCGAGAGGAGAGCGCCAGCGACACCAGCGAGGAGGGCGAGGAGGAGAGUGACGUGGAGAACCUGGCCGGGGAGAUCGUCUACCAGCCAGAUGGCUCCGCGUACAUUGUCGAGAGCCUGAGCCAGCUGGCCCAAAGCGGGGCCGCGUGUGGCAGCAGCAGUGGCAGUGGGCCUGUCCCCUCGCUCUUCCUGAACUCUCUCCCCGGGGCGGGGGGCAAACAAGGGGACCCUUCGUGUGCUGCACCUGUGUACCCGCAGAUCAUCAACACUUUCCACAUAGCCUCAUCCUUCGGGAAAUGGUUUGAGGGCUCAGACCAGGCCUUCCCGAAUACCUCAGCCCUGGCGGGGCUCAGCCCUGUCCUGCACAGCUUCCGCGUUUUUGACGUGCGACACAAAAGCAACAAGGAUUACCUGAACAGCGAUGGUUCUGCCAAAAGCUCCUGCGUAUCCAAAGAUGUUCCCAACAAUGUGGACCUGUCCAAGUUCGAUGGCUUUGUGCUCUACGGCAAGAGGAAGCCCAUUCUGAUGUGCUUCUUGUGCAAACUCUCCUUUGGGUAUGUCCGUUCAUUUGUGACCCAUGCGGUGCACGACCAUCGAAUGACCCUGAGUGAAGAGGAGCGGAAAAUUCUUAGCAAUAAGAACAUCUCCGCUAUCAUCCAAGGGAUUGGCAAAGACAAGGAACCCCUUGUAAGUUUUCUGGAACCAAAAAACAAAAACCUUCAACACCCUUUAGUUUCCACAGCUAACCUCAUAGGCCCCGGACACAGUUUUUAUGGUAAAUUUAGUGGCAUUCGCAUGGAAGGGGAGGAGACCCUCCCAGCCGUCGCUGCUGCUGGCCCUGAGCAGCCCCAGGCUGGUCUCUUGACCCCUAGCACCCUCUUGAACCUUGGCGGGCUCACCAGCUCGGUCCUGAAGACCCCCAUUACCUCAGUCCCCCUGGGGCCUCUGGCUGCCAGUCCUACCAAAUCCUCGGAGGGCAAGGACUCUGGGGCAGCUGAAGGAGAUAAGCAAGAAGUGGGGGAUCCGGAUUGCUUCUCCGAGAAAGCAGAGCCAGCCGAGGAGGAGGAGGCGGAAGAAGAGGAAGAGGAGGAAGAAGAGGCGGAGGAGGAGGAAGAGGAGGAGGAGGAAGAGGAGGAGGAAGAGGAGGGCUGCAAAGGACUCUUUCCCACUGAGUUGGAGGAAGAGCUGGAGGACAGGGCCCCCGAGGAGUCUGGAGCCACAGCAGGUGGUAGCAGCAAAAAGGACCUUGCUCUCUCAAACCAAAGCAUUUCUAACUCCCCCUUAAUGCCUAAUGUGCUCCAGAGCCUGUCGAGGGGCACAGCUUCUACUACUUCUAAUUCUGCUUCUUCCUUUGUUGUCUUCGAUGGUGCGAACAGGAGGAACCGAUUAAGCUUUAACAGUGAGGGCGCCAGGGCCAAUGUGGCAGAGGGCAGGAGGCUGGACUUCGCUGACGAAAGUGCCAAUAAAGACAAUGCCACAGCACCAGAACCAAAUGAAAGCACAGAGGGCGACGAUGGGGGCUUUGUCCCUCAUCACCAGCACGCUGGCUCCCUCUGCGAGCUUGGGGUUGGGGAGUGCCCCUCGGGUAGCGGUGUGGAGUGCCCCAAAUGUGACACGGUCCUGGGCUCUUCCCGCUCCCUGGGUGGCCACAUGACCAUGAUGCAUUCUCGUAACUCGUGUAAGACACUCAAGUGUCCCAAGUGCAACUGGCACUAUAAGUACCAGCAGACGCUGGAGGCACACAUGAAGGAGAAGCACCCGGAGCCUGGAGGCUCCUGUGUCUACUGCAAAAGCGGGCAGCCCCACCCGCGGUUGGCACGAGGCGAGAGCUACACGUGUGGUUACAAGCCGUUCCGCUGUGAGGUGUGUAACUACUCUACAACGACCAAAGGCAACCUCAGUAUUCAUAUGCAGUCCGACAAACAUCUCAACAACAUGCAGAACCUGCAGAACGGAGGGGGCGAGCAAGUCUUCAGCCACAGCGCUGGGGCGGCUGCCGCUGCAGCAGCCGCGGCUGCCGCCGCCGCCGCCAAUAUAGGCAGCUCCUGUGGUGCCCCUUCCCCCACCAAACCAAAAACCAAACCCACGUGGCGGUGCGAGGUGUGUGAUUAUGAGACCAACGUGGCCAGGAACCUCCGCAUCCACAUGACCAGUGAGAAGCACAUGCACAACAUGAUGCUGCUGCAGCAGAACAUGACCCAGAUCCAGCACAAUCGCCACCUGGGCCUCGGCAGCCUGCCCUCCCCAGCCGAGGCCGAGCUCUACCAGUACUACCUGGCCCAGAACAUGAACCUGCCCAACCUGAAGAUGGACAGUACCGCCUCGGACACCCAGUUCAUGAUGAGCGGAUUCCAGCUGGAUCCUACAGGGCCCAUGGCCGCCAUGACGCCUGCUCUAGUGGGCGGUGAGAUACCCCUAGACAUGCGGCUCGGGGGCGGGCAGCUGGUAUCGGAGGAGCUGAUGAACCUGGGCGAGAGCUUCAUCCAGACCAACGACCCGUCCCUGAAGCUCUUCCAGUGUGCGGUCUGCAACAAGUUCACAACGGAUAACCUGGACAUGCUGGGACUGCACAUGAACGUGGAGCGCAGCCUCUCGGAGGACGAGUGGAAGGCCGUGAUGGGGGACUCGUACCAGUGCAAGCUCUGCCGCUACAACACACAACUCAAGGCCAACUUCCAGCUGCACUGCAAGACGGACAAGCAUGUGCAGAAGUACCAGCUGGUGGCCCACAUCAAGGAGGGCGGCAAGGCCAACGAGUGGAGGCUCAAGUGUGUGGCCAUCGGCAACCCGGUGCACCUGAAGUGCAACGCAUGCGACUACUACACCAAUAGCCUGGAGAAGCUACGGCUGCACACAGUCAACUCCAGGCACGAGGCCAGCCUGAAGUUGUACAAGCACCUGCAGCAGCACGAGAGCGGCGUGGAGGGGGAGAGCUGCUAUUACCACUGCGUCCUGUGCAACUACUCCACCAAGGCCAAGCUCAACCUCAUCCAGCACGUACGCUCCAUGAAGCAUCAGCGCAGCGAGAGUCUGCGCAAGCUGCAGCGGCUGCAGAAGGGCCUUCCGGAGGAGGACGAAGACCUGGGCCAGAUCUUCACCAUCCGCAGGUGCCCCUCCACUGACCCAGAAGAAGCCGUUGAAGAUGCCGAAGGACCCAGUGAAGCACCCGCUGACCCAGAGGAGCUGGCCAAAGACCAGGGGAGCGGCGGCGAGGAGGGCCAGAACAAGCGGGCAGCGCCGUCCAGUCAGGCAGAGAAGGAGUUGACAGAGUCUCCUGCAACCUCCAAGCGCAUCUCCUUCCCAGGUAGCUCCGAGACUCCACCCUCUUCGAAGAGGCCAAAAACAUCAGAAGAGGUCAAACCAGAACAGAUGUACCAAUGUCCCUACUGCAAGUACAGCAACGCUGACGUGAACCGGCUGCGGGUGCACGCCAUGACGCAGCACUCGGUGCAGCCCAUGCUCCGCUGUCCCCUGUGCCAAGACAUGCUCAACAACAAGAUCCACCUCCAGCUGCACCUCACCCACCUCCACAGUGUGGCCCCCGACUGCGUGGAGAAGCUCAUUAUGACGGUGACCACUCCUGAGAUGGUGAUGCCCAGCAGCAUGUUCCUCCCUGCAGCUGUUCCAGACCGAGACGGGAAUUCCAGUUUGGAAGAGGCGGGAAAGCCACCUGAAACCUCAGAGGAUCUGGGAAAGAACAUCUUGCCGUCUGCAAGCACAGAACACAGUGGAGAUCUGAAAGCCUCCUCUGCCGACCCCGGUGGUGCGAGAGAAGACACGGGCUUCCUCUGCUGGAAGAAGGGGUGCAACCAGGUUUUCAAGACCUCUGCCGCCCUCCAGACCCACUUCAACGAGGUGCACGCCAAGAGGCCGCAGCUGCCUGUGUCGGAUCGCCACGUGUACAAGUACCGCUGCAACCAGUGCAGCCUGGCUUUCAAGACCAUCGAGAAGCUGCAGCUCCACUCUCAGUACCACGUGAUCAGGGCUGCCACCAUGUGCUGCCUUUGCCAGCGUAGUUUCCGGACUUUCCAGGCCCUGAAGAAACACCUCGAGACAAGUCACCUAGAGCUGAGCGAGGCUGACAUCCAGCAGCUGUAUGGCGGGCUUCUAGCCAACGGGGACCUCUUAGCAAUGGGAGACCCCACCCUGGCUGAAGACCACACCAUUAUUGUUGAAGAAGACAAGGAAGAAGAGAGUGACCUGGAGGAUAAGCAGAGUCCAACAGGCAGCGAUUCCGGGUCAGUACAGGAAGACUCAGGUUCAGAGCCAAAGAGAGCUUUGCCUUUCCGAAAAGGCCCCAACUUUACCAUGGAGAAGUUCCUAGACCCUUCCCGCCCUUACAAGUGUACCGUCUGUAAGGAGUCUUUCACUCAGAAGAAUAUCCUGCUGGUGCACUACAACUCUGUCUCCCACCUGCAUAAGUUAAAGAGGGCCCUUCAAGAAUCGGCAACCGGCCAGCCGGAGCCCACCAGCAGCCCGGACAACAAACCAUUUAAGUGUAACACUUGCAAUGUGGCAUAUAGCCAGAGUUCCACACUGGAGAUCCACAUGAGGUCUGUGCUGCACCAAACCAAGGCCCGAGCAGCCAAGCUGGAAGCGGCAAGUGGCAGCAGCAGCAGCAACGGGACUGGGAGCAGUGGCGGCGUGUCCCUUAGCUCCUCCACGCCAAGUCCUGUGAGCACCAGCGGUGCUAAUGCCUUUACCACCGCCAACCCAAGCAGUGCUGGCAUGACUCCAGGCUCCAACCUGCUGAGCCAGGUGCCCACUGAGAGUGUGGGGCUGCCGCCUCUGGGGAAUCCCAUCAGUGCCAACAUCACUUCCCCUGCAGAGCCCAAGGAGGCCAACCGGAAGAAGUUAGCGGAUAUGAUUGCUUCUCGACAGCAGCAACAGCAGCAGCAGCAGCAACAGCAGCAAGCACAGACAUUGGCCCAGGCCCAGGCUCAAGUGCAGGCGCACUUGCAGCAGGAGUUACAGCAGCAGGCUGCCCUGAUUCAAUCUCAGCUUUUUAACCCCACUCUGCUUCCUCACUUUCCCAUGACCACAGAGACGUUGCUCCAGCUGCAGCAGCAGCAGCACCUGCUCUUCCCUUUCUAUAUCCCAAGCGCAGAGUUCCAGCUCAAUCCGGACGUGAGCCUGCCUGUGACCAGUGGGGCUCUGACACUGACGGGGUCAGGCCCAGGCCUGUUGGAAGAUCUGAAGUCUCAGGUCCAGAUCCCACAGCAGAGCCACCAACAGAUUCUGCAGCAGCAGCAGCAGCAGCAACAGCAGAAUCAAGUCUCUCUUUCCCAGAGUCAUUCAGCCCUCCUUCAGCCAAGCCAGCACCCCGAAAAGAAAACCAAACUGGCCAUCAAAGAAAAGGAAAAAGAAAGCCAGAGAGAGAAGGAGGGGCCGGAGGGGGUAGAGGGUAACACAGGACCAAAGGAAUCACUGCCAGAUGCCUUGAAGGCCAAAGAGAAGAAAGAGUUGGCACCAGGGGGUGGUUCUGAGUCGUCUAUGCUCCCUCCACGCAUCGCUUCGGAUGCCAGAGGGAAUGCUACCAAGGCCUUGCUGGAGAACUUUGGCUUUGAGCUGGUCAUUCAGUACAAUGAGAACAAGCAGAAGGUACAGAAGAAGAACGGAAAGACAGAGCAGGGCGAGAACCCGGAGAAGCUUGAGUGUGACUCCUGUGGCAAGCUCUUUUCCAACAUCUUGAUUCUAAAGAGCCAUCAGGAACAUGUGCACCAGAACUAUUUUCCCUUCAAACAGCUGGAGAGGUUUGCCAAGCAAUACAGAGAGCACUAUGACAAACUGUACCCGCUGAGGCCGCAGACUCCAGAGCCGCCGCCCCCGCCGCCACCCCCUCCUCCGCCCCCGCUUCCGGUGGCGCCCCCCCAGCCAGCUUCUACGCCAGCCAUCCCGGCAUCCGCGCCACCCAUCACUUCACCCACCAUCGCUCCGGCCCAGCCCUCCGUGCCUCUCACCCAGCUCUCCAUGCCGAUGGAGCUGCCCAUCUUCUCCCCGCUGAUGAUGCAGACGGUGCCGCUGCAGACUCUGCCAGCUCAGCUGCCCCCUCAGCUUGGCCCUGUGGAGCCUUUGCCCGCCGAUCUGGCCCAGCUGUACCAACAUCAGCUCAAUCCGACCCUGCUCCCGCAACAGAGCAAGAGGCCACGCACCAGGAUCACCGAUGACCAGCUCCGCGUGCUGAGGCAGUAUUUCGAUAUUAACAACUCCCCCAGUGAGGAGCAGAUAAAAGAGAUGGCGGACAAGUCUGGCUUGCCCCAGAAAGUGAUCAAGCACUGGUUCAGAAACACUCUGUUUAAGGAGCGGCAGCGUAACAAGGACUCCCCGUAUAACUUCAGCAACCCACCAAUCACCAGUCUGGAGGAGCUCAAGAUCGACUCCCGGCCCCCAUCGCCAGAGCCCCAGAAGCAGGAGUACUGGGGAAGCAAGCGGUCGUCGAGAACAAGGUUUACCGACUACCAGCUCAGAGUCCUUCAGGACUUCUUCGAUGCCAACGCUUACCCGAAGGACGAUGAGUUUGAGCAGCUUUCGAAUUUGUUGAACCUCCCCACCCGUGUCAUAGUGGUGUGGUUUCAGAACGCCCGGCAGAAAGCCAGGAAAAAUUACGAGAACCAGGGAGAGGGCAAAGAUGGAGAGCGGCGCGAGCUUACGAACGACAGAUACAUUCGAACGAGCAACCUGAAUUACCAGUGCAAAAAGUGUAGCCUCGUGUUUCAGCGCAUCUUCGAUCUCAUCAAGCACCAAAAGAAGCUGUGUUACAAGGAUGAGGAUGAAGAGGGGCAGGAUGACAGCCAAAAUGAGGACUCCAUGGACGCCAUGGAGAUGCUCACCCCCACCAGCUCCUCUUGCAGCACCCCUAUGCCCUCCCAGGCGUACAGCACCCCAGCGCCCUCAGCUGGCACAGCUCCCUCUGCGUUCUUGCAGCUCACCGCGGAGACGGACGAACUGACCACCUUCAAUUCGAAAGCAGAGGCGAGCGACGAAAAGCCAAAGCAGGCCGACCCUCCCAGCGCACAGCCAAACCAAACCCAAGAGAAGCAAGGACAGCCAAAGCCAGAGGUGCAGCAGCAAGAGCAGCCCGAGCAAAAGACUAAUGCACCUCAGCCCAAGCUCCCACAGCUGGCUGCCCCCUCCUUGCCGCAGCCGCCUCCACAAGCACCCCCUCCGCAGUGCCCCCUCCCCCAGUCAAGCCCCAGCCCCUCUCAGCUCUCCCAUCUGCCCCUCAAGCCCCUCCACACAUCAACUCCUCAGCAGCUGGCAAACCUACCUCCUCAGCUCAUCCCCUACCAGUGUGACCAGUGCAAGCUGGCGUUCCCAUCCUUCGAGCACUGGCAGGAGCAUCAGCAGCUUCACUUUCUGAGCGCACAGAACCAGUUCAUCCACCCACAGUUUCUGGACAGGUCGUUGGACAUGCCUUUCAUGCUGUUUGAUCCCAGUAACCCCCUCCUGGCCAGCCAGCUGCUCUCGGGGGCCAUACCCCAGAUCCCCGCCAGCUCGGCCACUUCUCCUUCCACGCCGACCUCCACGAUGAACACUCUGAAGAGGAAGCUGGAGGAGAAGGCCAGCGCGAGCCCGGGCGAGAACGACAGUGGAACGGGCGGAGAAGAGCCUCAGCGAGACAAGCGCCUGAGGACGACCAUUACACCAGAACAGCUGGAGAUUCUCUACCAGAAGUACCUGCUGGACUCAAACCCAACUCGGAAGAUGCUGGAUCACAUCGCCCACGAGGUGGGCUUGAAGAAGCGCGUGGUCCAGGUGUGGUUUCAGAACACCAGAGCCCGGGAAAGGAAAGGUCAGUUCCGGGCUGUGGGCCCAGCACAGGCCCACCGGAGAUGCCCGUUUUGCAGAGCACUCUUCAAGGCCAAGACUGCCCUCGAGGCUCACAUCCGGUCCCGGCACUGGCACGAAGCCAAGAGAGCUGGCUACAACCUGACCCUGUCCGCCAUGCUGUUAGACUGUGAUGGGGGACUCCAGAUGAAGGGAGAUAUUUUUGAUGGAACUAGCUUUUCCCACCUCCCCCCAAGCAGUAGCGAUGGUCAGGGUGUGCCCCUCUCACCUGUGAGCAAAACCAUGGAGCUGUCCCCCAGGACUCUUCUCAGUCCCUCCUCCAUCAAAGUGGAAGGGAUCGAAGACUUUGAAAGCCCCUCCAUGGCCUCGGUUAAUCUGAACUUCGACCAGACAAAACUGGACAACGACGACUGCUCCUCUGUCAACACCGCAAUCACAGACACCACGACGGGGGACGAGGGCAACGCCGAUAACGACAGUGCGUCGGGAAUAGCGACCGAAGCCAAAUCUUCUGCACCCAACGAGGGCUUGACCAAAGCGGCCAUGAUGGCGAUGUCCGAGUACGAAGACCGACUGUCGUCUGGUCUGGUCAGCCCAGCCCCAAGCUUUUAUAGCAAGGAGUAUGACAAUGAAGGUACCGUGGACUAUAGCGAAACCUCGAGCCUCGCAGACCCCUGCUCCCCAAGCCCCGGGGCAAGCGGGUCUGCAGGUAAAUCUGGUGACGGCGGGGAUCGACCCGGGCAGAAACGUUUUCGCACCCAGAUGACCAAUCUGCAGCUGAAGGUCCUCAAGUCGUGCUUCAAUGACUACAGGACACCCACCAUGCUGGAGUGUGAGGUCCUCGGCAAUGACAUUGGACUGCCAAAGAGAGUUGUUCAGGUCUGGUUCCAGAAUGCCCGGGCGAAAGAGAAGAAGUCCAAGUUAAGCAUGGCCAAGCAUUUUGGUAUCAACCAAACGAGUUAUGAGGGACCCAAAACAGAGUGCACUUUGUGUGGUAUCAAGUACAGCGCGAGGCUGUCUGUACGCGACCAUAUCUUUUCCCAGCAGCAUAUCUCCAAAGUUAAGGACACCAUCGGAAGCCAGCUGGACAAGGAGAAAGAAUAUUUUGACCCAGCCACCGUACGUCAGUUGAUGGCUCAGCAAGAGCUGGACCGGAUUAAAAAGGCUAAUGAGGUCCUUGGACUGGCAGCUCAGCAGCAAGGGAUGUUUGACAACGCCCCUCUCCAGGCUCUUAACCUUCCUACCACGUAUCCAGCGCUCCAGGGCAUUCCUCCCGUGUUGCUCCCCGGCCUCAACAGCCCCUCUUUGCCAGGCUUUACUCCAUCCAACACAGCUUUAACGUCUCCUAAACCGAACUUGAUGGGUCUGCCCAGCACAACAGUUCCUUCCCCUGGCCUCCCCACAUCUGGAUUACCAAAUAAACCGUCCUCAGCUUCGCUGAGCUCCCCGACCCCAGCACAAGCCACCAUGGCAAUGGCCCCUCAGCAACCCCCACAACCCCAGCAGCCGCAGCCACAGGUGCAGCAACCUCCUCCGCCGCCAGCAGCCCAGCCGAUACCCACGCCACAGCUUCCCCUGCAACAGCAACGCAAGGACAAAGAUGGUGAGAAAGGAAAGGAGAAGGAAAAGGCACACAAAGGGAAGGGGGAACCCCUACCUGUCCCCAAGAAGGAGAAAGGAGAGGCCCCUACAGCGGCUACAGCUACCAUCUCAGCCCCACUGCCCGCCAUGGAGUACGCGGUGGACCCUGCUCAGCUGCAGGCCCUGCAGGCGGCCUUGACUUCAGACCCCACAGCAUUGCUCACGAGCCAGUUCCUUCCUUACUUCGUACCAGGCUUUUCUCCUUAUUAUGCCCCCCAGAUCCCUGGCGCCCUGCAGAGUGGGUACCUGCAACCUAUGUAUGGCAUGGAAGGCCUGUUCCCCUACAGCCCUGCCCUGUCGCAGGCUCUGAUGGGGUUGUCUCCAGGCUCACUACUGCAGCAGUACCAGCAAUACCAGCAGAGUCUGCAGGAGGCAAUUCAGCAGCAGCAACAGCAGCAGCAGCAGCAGCAGCGGCAAUUACAACAGCAGCAGCAGCAACAACAACAACAACAAAAAGUGCAGCAGCAGCCCAAAGCAAGCCAAACCCCAGUCCCCCAGGGGGCUGCUUCCCCAGACAAAGACCCUGCCAAAGAAUCCCCCAAACCAGAAGAGCAGAAAAACGUCUCCCAUGAGGUGUCCCCCCUCCUACCGAAACCCCCGGAAGAGCCAGAAGCAGAAAGCAAAAGUGCGGACUCCCUCUGUGACCCCUUCAUUGUUCCAAAGGUGCAGUACAAGUUGGUCUGCCGCAAGUGCCAGGCGGGCUUCGGCGACGAGGAGGCGGCUAGGAGCCACCUGAAGUCCCUCUGCUUCUUCGGCCAGUCUGUGGUGAACCUGCAAGAGAUGGUGCUUCAUGUCCCCACCGGCAGUGGUGGCGGUGGCGGUGGCGGCGGCGGCUCAUACCACUGCCUGGCGUGCGAGAGCGCGCUCUGCGGGGAGGAAGCGCUGAGUCAGCAUCUCGAGUCGGCCUUGCACAAACACAGAACAAUCACGAGAGCAGCAAGAAACGCCAAAGAGCACCCUAGUUUAUUACCUCACUCUGCCUGCUUCCCCGAUCCUAGCACCGCAUCUACCUCGCAGUCUGCCGCUCACUCAAACGACAGCCCCCCUCCCCCGUCGGCCGCCCCGUCCUUGUCCGCUUCCCCCCACGCCUCCAGGAAGUCUUGGCCGCCAGUGGGCUCCCGGGCUUCGGCCGCAAAGCCCCCUUCUUUUCCUCCUCUCUCCUCAUCUUCAACGGUUACCUCAAGUUCAUGCAGCACCUCAGGGGUUCAGCCCUCGAUGCCAACAGACGACUAUUCGGAGGAGUCUGACACGGAUCUCAGCCAAAAGUCCGACGGACCGGCGAGCCCGGUGGAGGGUCCCAAAGACCCCAGCUGCCCCAAGGACAGUGGUCUGACCAGUGUAGGAACGGACACCUUCAGAUUGUAAGCUUUGAAGAUGAACAAUUACAAAUGAAUUUAAAUAAAAAAUUAAUAACAAACCAAUUUCAAAAAUAGACUAACUGCAAUUCCAAAGCUUCUAACCAAAAAAACAAAAAAACAAAAAACAAAAAAAAAGGAAAAAAAAAAGAAAAAGCGUGGGUUGUUUUCCCAUAUACCUAUCUAUGCCGGUGAUUUUACAUCCUUGUCUCUUUUUUUUUUCUUUUAAUAUUAAAAAAAAGAAAACACAAAUCCUACCCGUUACAUUGUGUCCUUUUAAAGGUACUAUUGGUGUGGGAAACUGAAGUCCGCAGGGCCUGCCUAUUGUCGUUGGAGCUUAAACCCCUUGUAUAUUUGCCCCUUUUGAGAACUGCCCCACCUUGAUAGCACAGAGGAGGCCGGCACGCGCUGUAUGGGAAAGCACUCCGCCUUGUUACAGUUUUAAAUGUCUUGCUAGCUUAGCACUCAGAUACCAAUGGCUUGCUAAAAGAAAAAAAAAAAAAGAAAAAGAAAUGUAAUGUCUUUUUAUUCUCAGGUCAAUCGCUCACACUUUGUUCUGUUUCAGAAUCAUUGUUUUAUGUUUUUGUUUUUGUUUUUUUUUGUUGUUCCAGAAAAGAUUUUUUGUUUUGCUUUGUUAAUUUAAAAAUGGGCAGAAAGUAUUCAAGAAAAACAAUGUGAACUGCUUUAGCUUUCUGGGGAUUUUAAAGAAUAGCUUUUCUGCUGAAGCCAAUUUCAAGGGGAAAAGCUAAGCACUCCCACCUUCAGAGAAAAAAAAAAACCCACACAGAGUGUUGAGGACUUGUAGCUUAAAAAAGAUGAGUUUUAAAAACUGACUUUCUGUAUUUAUGGUAGGUAUGAGCAUUUUUGGUGUUGAGUAGGUUGCGGCAUUGGAGAUGAGCUGAAGCAGUACAGUAGACUUAAACCCUUGGUGCGCUUAGCUUUCGUGUGGUCCAGCGACAGCUCCUCAUUUGAUGUCUUGUUCAUCCCUAGUGGAUAGAUUGCAAUCUGUUGCUUCACCUACGCUUCUUCCCCCUUUCCCCCCAACCCCCACCCCAUCAUCUCUCUCUUAAAGUGGCUGCCUUUCGUUUCUAGGAGGGUGGCUGCAGAAUUAUUUUAUAAACCUAGAGAAAGCAUUUCGGAGGACUCCAGAGGUCACCAGGGUCCUCACAGAUUAUUUUUGGUUGGGGAGCUGAGACUUUGGAAAGGCAGUUAAUUCUAGUUACCUGCGUCUGGUAGCCCUGAGCGUUUAGCUUUUUAUUUAUCCUUCCUUUGCUUUUUCUUUGUGCCCCUCCUCUCUCUCUCUCUCUCUCUCUCUCUCUCUCUCUCUCUCUCUCUCUCUCUCUCUCUCUCUCUCUCUCUCUCUCUCCUUGAUCUGUGGACUCUUCAAAUAUUCUUUUCUUGAUCUAAAACAUUCGUUUCAGUUUCUGUAAUUGGGGCUAUGUGCUUUUCUUUCUAAGAGGUUUUUGGCUAGAGAUUUGGUUUUGGUUUUUGUGUUUGUGUCUUUUCUUUCCUCUCUCAGAAAAAGAAAUUUCAUGCUUUAAAAAAAAAAAAAACAAUCCAAAGACACACCCUUUCACUGCUGAUGCAGAAAAGGGGGAAAGGGUUCUUGUUACUUGAGAAUUUGUUUCUGAUUUAAACAAACAAGACUUAGUGUAAUAAAAGAAAGUAACACAAAAGAGUUCCCAGGUCGUUGUGCGCUUCUUCUGCAAGCAGAGAGGCAACUGUUAAUGACAAUUCCAGAUACCAAAAGACACAUUUUUUUUUUUUUUUUACUUCAAAGUUUUGUCCUUGUAUUAGGCAGUCUGAGCGGCGAGUGAUCCGGAGUGCAGCCAACAAAGAACAGAUAACAGUGUACAGUGAGCAAAAAAGGAACCAUGUGCAUCAGGCACUUGUGUUUCUGUUACUAUCCAUAUCCCUAUAACACAACACAACGCAACACACACCCAUCUUCAUCUUAAAACGGUCUGAACUUUGAAAGGAGAACUUUGUGCUGCUAAAACAUAAGUUUUGAAGACAAAUAGAUGCUUUGCUGUUUCAGUUUCAUAGCCAAACCCCAACAGACAUAAUCUCCCUCACCCCCAAAGUGCGAACGCCUCCCUCACUCUCUUCCUUAUGUUUCAAAGGGAACUUUGAAGACUGUGAAUCCAGGUUCCGUUGGCCACCUUCUGGGCUUCUUCCCCAGUGCUGAAGCCACUCAUUGACUUUGCAAAAGACUGGAGCAUUCCAAGAUCUGAAAUCUUUUCUUUUUUUCUUUUUCUUUCUUUCUUAGCCGGGACUAUUUUUAUGAAUUUGUUUUUAGUUAAAGGAAGAGUAGAUCCUGAACUGUUGUACAUAUUUCUAACUAGGCUGAUGCACAGUGCAAAUUUUUAAUUUUUUAAAAGUAGAAAUACUAAAAGAAAACCAUCGUAACUAUCAGUAUCCAGUUGUAGCAUAAGGUGUCAAAAACAAAUACGCAAAACACUUACUGUUUUAAAUAGCUAUUUCCUUUUAACAAGAAUUCUUGUAUUUCUCCCUGUGUUUUGAGGUGAACACUUUUAAAUUUUAAAGUUGUACAGUUUUUUGUUUUCCAUUAUUUUAUCUUGUUUGUAACUCUAUGAAAUAUAUAUAUAUAUAUAUUUUUUGCCAUUUAACUGUUGUAUGUUACUGUGUCUGUAUCUAUAGAAAAAUGUUUGUUUUUGGUUCUCUGUGUGAUACGAUUUAACAAUUUAACACUAGCUUUACCUGCCAUUCUGCUAGGUCUUCUUGAAAACUAUUUUUUAAAACGAUAUUGCUUGGUAAUAGUGCAAUUUCUAUCCUCCCCACCCCCAACCUCAAGUUUUUUUUUUUUUUUUUUUUUUUUUUUUGUAACUCUGCCAGCCCUUCCCCAAUGGUUUUGUUUGUUCUAUUUUGAGCUACUACCAUCCUCCCUCUGUGAGGCAGAGUGACUGUCAGUGUUUCACUGUGCCAUGCCUUGACCCAUGGGUGGUUGGGUAGAAUGGCUACUGCCCACCAGUGCCCCUCAAAGGAGAUCUGUGAGGGUUUCAACCUGGAGUGGCUUGCGUACUGACCGCUUUCCUCUAUGGCUGCGGCACCCACACGUUAUGUUCAUCAAAGAAGAAAUUCUCAGCACUAACCCAGAAAUAGCAAAGCAGUCAGUGAUGGUGAAAAUCAGCAGGCAAACAAGAGCCGGUCAUAGAGUUGUGGCCUAGCAGCCACAGUGGCUGUGACCUGUAGCGUGACAAAGCAUGCCUUUCCUACAGUGCUCAGCCGUUUAGAUGCUCUCCCCUCAGGGAGUCUGCUCCUGUCUGCUGCUGGAGCAGGUAGCUGAGGAGACUGUCUCAACUCACUUUUAAAAUUACUUCCUAACUUCUAUUGGCACUUCGGUUUUUGGGUUUUGGUUUGUUUUUGUUGUUGGCGUUACUAUCUCCCCACCCCCACCGCCCAGUUCAUUCAUGGUGUGACUUGGUGCUAGACACUCUUGGGCAUGAGGCACCUGGAUACCUGUCAGAAUCGGAAGUUAUUUCAUCCAUCCUUUCUCUAUCCCUCCCAUAAGUUUAAGAAAGGAAACACACACACACACUGCAUCUAGGAAGUUGGGGUUUUUCUUAGUUUGCUUUUUUAGUUAAAAGCUAUUUAAAAAGAUGAAUGUGGCCAAAGUGUUACACAAUUGAAAAUAAAAUAAAAGAGGCGGCACAUGAUGAAACCUGAGUUAUCAGGCAUGGCAGGAAGUUGCAGGAGACAGGCAGUGACCCAAGCCAGUGCACUUGAUGUUCAUGGACAUAUAUUUUUUUUAAAUAAUAAAUUAAAUUAAAGCAUUUUAAAUAGAAGCAUAAAAUUGAGUUGGUUGUUUGUUGGCGCUGAGAUACUGCCCACUGUGAAACAAAGCUUUGACUAGUUUGUUUUGUUUGUUUACUUUCUUCAGGGGGGAGGGGGCAAUUUUGGGUAGGAAAGAAAGCAUAAAUGAACGUGACCCUGAGGUAAAGAGGUAUAUGAACAGCCUUUGCAAUGUACAAAAAAAAAAAAAAAAAAACCAACAACAAAAAAAAAAACACAAAAAAACAAACAAAAACAACAAAAACAAAAAAAAAAUAGAGCAAGUGAAACCAAAAAUGAUGUUCUUGGUGUUUUUCUAUAAUGUAGUCUUGUUAGCUUUUUUGUUACUGUAACAACGCUGAUCUCGAACUGUACCAAAAUACAUGGAGACUAACAGAACCACAAGGAACUCUCAAACUGAAAAAGAAAUUUGUCACAAAACUUUGUUGUCAUAGUUAAGUUGAUUGUAGAUGGUAAUUGAAUAUACUCCUUUGAAAAUAUUUCAUCAAGUAUGUUUCCUGCUCAUUGUGAUACAUUA